AUGCCGCCUUGUUGUGCGUGCGGUUCGACUUGCGGUCCAAGGCGUUCUGCUCUUGAAGGGACAGGGCAGCUGCCGCACCUCGAGGCAGAGGCCUUCCGGUUGGAUCAGAGGCACUUGGCAGCAGGAGAGACCAUGUACCUCUCGCCAACGGCAGAAGUGCCCCUCAUUGGGCUCUACAGCAACGAAGACGGGAACUAUGGGUCCGAACAUCGCGGCUUGUAUCGGCAGCGCACAUUCUACAAGACAGAGCUUGCAGCUGUCUGUACGCCUGAGGACUCCGAAACGCUACACUGGGCCUUCCUGCAGCACGUGGAACAAAUGCUGCAGUGCCUGGAGUUGCCUUACCGAGUCGUGCAGCUGUGCGACGGCGAAAUGGGGAAUGCUGCAGCACUCUGCUUCGAUGUAGAGGUCUGGAUGCCCGCUCUUGGAAGGUUCCUUGAGGUCUCUUCCAUUUCUAACUGCCGAGACUACCAGGUGAUUUGCACGGCCACUGCACCAGCCACGAAGCAACAGCAACAGGGGCAGCACGACGGGGUGCGGCAACAGAAGCAGCGGCCUCAGUACUGCCACACGCUGAACGCUUCUGCCCUUGCUGUUGGGAGAACCCUUGCAGCCCUUGUGGAAAAUCACAAACGCUUAAUGCCUAACGGCGAGCUGGCCAUCAGACUGCCCCCUCCCCUUCGGCCGUAUUUUAAGGGCGCAACUUUCGUCACAAAAGACGACUGA